GGUCUUCACACAAGAGAGUUCUUGUGACAGGUGACGUGAAGAAAGUGACUUCAAGUCAACAUCACUCUUAAGAUUUUAUACAAUAAGUAUAUUAGUGUAGGCCGCUUUACAGUUAUCUUUAUCUUUGUAAAACCCCAAUCUACAGCCAUUAUUGGCUAUUUGGCUCGUCUGCGAAUGAAUGAAGAAUAAUGGAUGAACUUCAUAUCAAAGGCGUUGUUUUUAUUCAGACUAUUCAGAAAUACUUUCAGGAUGAAUCAAGUUUCAUGAUUUUAAUUUCACACCUAAGUGAUCCCAAGAAUGCAUUUUUAUUUUAUUUUCCUCUGGUUUUCUGUCUGCAUCGAUCUGUUGGAAAACGAGUUCUAUGGGUAGCAGCCAUUUCUGAAUGGUUGAAUGCAGUUUUUAAAUGGAUAUUGCGUGGAGAACGGCCAUAUUGGUGGGUUAGUGAAAGUAAUUUGUAUAAAACACCACCACAUUUAGAACAGUUUGAUAUAACAUGUGAAACAGGUCCAGGUAGUCCAUCUGGCCAUUGUAUGGUUACGUCAGCAGUUAUUUACAUCAUAGUAUCCGACUUUCUAUUUUAUACAAAUAUUAAAAGUGUUGGUAUCAAGUUGUUAUGUUGGUCAGGAUAUGUUAUAUUGUUGAUGUUAGUUUGUAUAUCAAGAUGUUUUAUAGCAGCUCAUUUUCCACAUCAAGUUAUAGCAGGAACUUUAGUAGGUGUGCUAAUAGGAAUGGUGAUGAAUAAAAUUUCUACGACUAAUUUAUCUUUACCACAUUAUAUGUUGACGUCUUUAGCCUUGUUAUCAGGAGGUGUUGGAACAUUUUAUAUUAUUCAAUCCAUGGAUCUGGAUCCAUUCUGGUCCAUCAGUAAAGCAGAAAGGAGAUGUGCCAACCCAGAAUGGAUUCAUCUGGAUUCCAGUCUCUUCUUUUCUAUUGUGCGUGAUUUCUCUUCGCUUAUUGGUCUUGGUCUUGGACUAUCAUUGACAAGUACUACAGGUGUUAAAUUUUCGCCAAUAUUUACCCCUAUACAGAUAGUUGUCUCCCUUGCCUUAACCCUUGGUUCUGAUUGGGUACAGUUGCCAAAGGUUCCAGUUAUUUAUUUUUAUUUAUCAGCAAGUCUCAAAUUUAUAGUUAUAUUUAUAUGUGUUGUUGCUGUUAUACCAAAAUUAAAUAUUGGUAAUAUUGAAAAUAGAAAAAAACAAAAGAAAAAGAAGAAGUAAAUAAAAUAUUUUUAUUUAAUGUUAAAUGUCCGUUAUUCU